ACCCGCCUGCUUGUCUCCAGCAGCAGUGGUGAGCAGGAAUGAGCAUUCUGCUUGGAGCUAACAGCUGCAGCCCCAUGGGUUGGGAGGAACAGCUGCCACCCGCACUGGGGCUCAUCUGCUGGUGCCUUUUCUCCUACUUGCAUGUGUCACAUACUGAGAAGAAAUCUAUCAGUCACAUUCUGGAUCGUGGCUACUCUGUACUGGAUUCCCCCAAGGCAGAUCAAUCAUUUCCAAAGGCAGCUAAGUCCUUGAUUAAAGAUCAAGAGGAAGACAAAGUAUUCAAAAAGGGCAGCAAGAAAGCAAAACAGACACCUGAAAAGCUCCCACACUUCAGACCUGAGGACAGAAGCAGACGGAAAGGGAGCUCCGUAACUCCUAAGAAGAGCAAGGAUGUCAGCCCUUCAACUUCACUGAUGUUGCCAUCCAAUAACUCUGCUGUCAUCACAAAAACUAUUACCAGAACAUUUCCUUUAAGGCAGAAAAGGCACUUAGUCAGUGUUAAGGCCCACCACCUGCAAAAUAUCAACAAACAGUCAAAAAGUGUAAAAGAUCUGGAGAUCCACAUGCUGCAAGUGGAGUGCGAAGAACUCAGAAAUCGGCUCGGAUGCUUAAGGGAAGGCCUGAUGGGGCAGAGGCUGGGCAACACAGAAGAGCUACUGAAACAAUCUCAGAAGGAGCUGUUGUGGCUUCAGAGACAACUGUCAUUUAUCUCCACGGGAAGCCCCGUGUGUGUUUUGGCAGCUAAUAAGUUUGGAGAUGACCCAUCAUGCCUGCAGUCUGCAACAUCAGUGUGCACAUCUGAUCAGGUUGAGUUUAUAGAAGAGACCCGGAUUUCUAAGUCUCAUGUCACCACAUUAAGUCAAGAGUAUCAUCAUUGGCAGUUUUCAAAAAAUGAACUGAAGGAUGCUGUGCAAGAAAAGAAUCGCCUGAGCCUUCAGUAUGCAAAUGUGUCACACAAAGCCCUGCAAUAUGACCAGGUGAAGUCAGACUAUGACCAUCUUAGAGAAACCCUUAUCAGAGUAACCAAAGAACGAGAUUUGGCUGUAAAGGGAAAACACCAGCUCCAAGCCAAGCUGGAGAACUUAGAGCAGGUCCUAAAGCAUAUGCGAGAGGCUGCUGAACGGCGGCAACAGCUGGAGUUGGAGCAUGAGCAAGCCUUGGCUGUCCUCAACGCCAAACAGCAGGAAAUUGAACUCCUGCAGAAGGCUCAGGUUGAAGCUAAGAAGGAACAUGAAGGAGCAGUUCAGUUGCUAGAGAACACCCUGGACAGCAUGCAGGCCAAGGUCCGAGAGUUAGAGGAAAAAUGCCGGACACAAAGUGAACAAUUCAACCUCUUGUCCAGAGAGCUGGAGAAGUUCCGGCAGCAAGCAGGGAAGAUUGAUCUCCUGAGCAGCAACUCAUUGACAUCCUCAGAUAUCUCUGGUUCUCCCAGUAAAUCUCUGUCCCAAUUAAUGAAUGGAAUAGCCACUUCUUUAGGCAAAGGUCAUGAAAGUCCUUCUGGAAGUCGUUGUGUAAUUUCGGAGUUUAUACGUCCCCUUCAAAUAUCUGGAGACAAACCAGAACAAUUGUCUGUCAAACCUACAUUCCUGUCCAAGUCAAGAUCUGGUACCCCAAGAUGCAGAUUUGAUUCAGAUAUGGAUGAUGCUCAGAAUUCCAAUACCUCGAAGCAGAGAUAUUCUGGGAAAGUCCAUCUUUGUAUUGCACGUUAUAGUUAUAACCCUUUUGAUGGACCAAAUGAAAAUCCAGAAGCAGAGCUCCCUCUUACGGCAGGAAAGUACCUUUAUGUGUAUGGAGAUAUGGAUGAAGAUGGCUUUUAUGAAGGGGAGCUUCUAGAUGGACAGAGAGGACUAGUCCCUUCGAAUUUUGUGGAUUUUGUUCAAGACAACGAGACCCGUUUAUCGAGCACGUUAAGCAGUGAACAGGAUCAGAAUUUCAUCAACCAUUCGGGUUCUACUUUGGAAGGAGAUAUCCUGGAGAUAAGUCCACCAAGUCACAUAGACUCUAGCGUAAUCAGCAACGGUGCAGGAACUCUGGAUGUGAACAUUGAUGAAAUUGGAGAAGACAUUGUGCCUUAUCCUAGAAAAAUCACCCUUAUUAAACAACUAGCCAAAAGUGUCAUUGUGGGCUGGGAGCCGCCAGUAGUGCCACCCGGAUGGGGAACCAUUAACAGCUAUAAUGUUCUGGUUGACAAGGAAGUACGGAUGAACAUAGCCUUGGGAAGCAGAACGAAAGCUCUUAUAGAAAAGCUUAACAUUUCUACUUGUACAUACCGAAUCUCAAUUCAGAGCAUUACAAACAAGGGUAACUCAGAUGAACUGCAGUGCACUUUGUUAGUUGGGAAGGACGUCGUUGUAGCCCCCUCUAAUCUUAAGGUGGACAACAUAACCCAGAUUUCUGCUGAGCUGUCCUGGCUCCCUACAAACAGUAAUUACAGUCAUGUCAUUUUUCUUAAUGAAGAAGAGUUUGACAUUGUCAAAGCUGCUAGCUACAAGUACCACUUUUUUAAUUUGAAACCCAAUAUGGCCUACAAGGUGAAGGUCAUGGCAAAGCCCCAUCAGAUGCCCUGGCAGCUUCCCCUAGAACAACGAGAAAAAAAAGAAGCCUUUGUGGAAUUUUCUACGUUGCCAGCAGGUCCUCCAGCUCCACCUCAAGAUGUUACUGUCCGGGCCGGGUCCACCCAAGCAACCAUACAGGUGUCCUGGAAGCCACCAGCCCUGACAGCAACAGGGACCUCCCAUGGUGCCAAUGUCACAGGCUAUGGUGUUUAUGCAAAAGGUCAACGGGUGGCAGAGGUGAUCUUUCCAACAGCAGAGAACACAUUGGUGGAGCUAGUGAGACUAAGAAAUCUUGAAGCAAAGGAAGUUACUGUUCGAACACUCUCUGCACAAGGGGAAUCAGUGGACUCUUCUGUUGCUGCCAUUCCAUCUGACCUACUGGUGCCUCCAUCCCCUCACCCCAGAACUGCUCCCAAAUCUAAGCCAUUAGCAAGUGCCGGAGCCCCAGAAACCAAAGAAGAACAUUUAGGUCCACAUUUAAAAAUAGAUGAGUCAUGGGAGCAGACUCGUUCAGCAUCCCCUGUUCAUGGGCACACACUCGAGCCACCUGCCCCUAACUUUCACAGCUCGCUUCAGGGGAGGAGAUCUCCAUCACCGAACCGAAUACUCCCUCAACCUCAAGGCACACCUGUCCCAAAUACUGUUGCAAAAGCCAUGGCAAGAGAAGCUGCACAGCGAGUUGCAGAGAGCAAUAGGAUGGAGAGGAGGAGCGUUUUUAGUGAAAGGAGCAAUGCAGCACAGUAUGCUAACUCAGAUGAUGAAGAAGAUGGCUAUGAUUCUCCUAAUGUCAAAAGGAGGGGGGCUUCAGUUGAUGAUUUCUUGAAAGGAUCAGAACUUGGAAAGCAACCUCACUAUUGCCAUGGCGAAGACUACCAUACAGAGAGCAGCAGAGGUUCUGAUUUGUCUGAUAUUAUGGAGGAAGACGAGGAAGAGCUGUACUCUGAAAUGCAGCUGGAGGAUGGGGGAAGACGACGAGUCAGUUUGACUUCACACAAUGCACUUAAGGAGUGCAGUAAGAAUAAGACCGCUGACACGACUUUUUUGGAACAGCCUGACUUUUCACAGCAGAUACAUCACAGUAAAAAGCUUUUCAGUAUUCCAGAAGUAGCUGAAGAGGAUGGUGAAUACUCUGAACUGCUGUACAAACAGGGUUUAGGUAUGCCCUAUAAAAAGAGAUCCACAAUAGCUAGAGACUCUAGACCAACUAGGCCCUACAAUCAAGAUCAGCAGCACAACUUCUGGUACCCAGCCAAGCACAGAAUUUCAGGCAUGGAGGAUUUUGCUGCAGAUGACAAAGGAUACAAAUAUAGUCGGUCCUUAUCAAGAAGCCCAGACAGUGGACUGGACUGUGGAAGUGAAGAAGAAGAAUCUCGUUUUACGUUCAGAUAUACUUGCGAUUCAGUUUCUGCCAGUGUUGCAUCUAGCUGUUGUGCAGACACUGCUGAUUGUUCCUGCAGGAAAAGCAUGAGGCCAUUGCUUGCUCGCAGGAAAACUUUAACAAGGCAAACCAGCAUUGAAGAAGAUUUUGGUGACUUGGGAUCUUCCUUUGUAGAGCCCAGGAGCGAACAGGUCAAGUCCAGUUACGAGAAAAAGUAUGAGACUCAGAAAUGUAAUAGAACAGAUAAAUUGGCAAACGAAGAUGUUCAGGGAGGCUGGAAGAACGACUUAAAAAUGGCUGACUCUAGGGCAGCUGGUCCGCUUGCAAAGUCAUCCCACAGAGAUGCAGAAGACUCUCUGCUUUUAGGUAAUCCAUCAUCUGCAGGACGGCCUGAAAGGGUGGAGCAUGCAGGGCGAAGGUCCUCUCAUGGCAGUGCAGUGCCACAAAGGUCUCGACCAAUGUUGGUCCCUUCCAUUGAAAUUACAAUGGACAGUAACAGUGAAGGCGGGCGGUCUCGGUCAGGUAGUGAGGGAAAUAUUUCACCUGUAAAAGAAGAAGCUUAUUAUCGCAGCAUUGGUGGACACAAGAAAUGGCCUCAGCAGCGUACCAUGGCCUCUGAAUAUAGAUACGAUGGCUAUGGUGGCCAUGACCAUCUUUCUCCAGAUAUUUAUGAAGAAUCAGAAACAGAUCCUGGAACAGAAGAUAUUUCUACUCGAAUAUUUGUUGCCCUCUUUGACUACGACCCCCUGACAAUGUCCCCAAAUCCUGAUGCUGCAGAGGAAGAGCUGCCAUUUAAAGAAGGACAGAUCAUUAAGGUUUAUGGGGACAAAGAUGCCGAUGGGUUCUAUCGUGGAGAAACGUGUACAAGGAUCGGCCUUAUCCCAUGUAAUAUGGUCUCUGAGAUCCAAGCAGAUGAUGAGGAGAUGAUGGAUCAGCUUCUAAAACAAGGUUUUCUUCCUUUGAACACACCAGUAGAGAAAAUAGUCAACUGUGACCGUUUCAAAGAGAGCACACGCUCUGUACACCGCAGAUCCAGAAAGUCUAAAAGAGAAAGAAACAGGCGGAGCGGCCGGCAGCAUCCAGUGUCCACAAGGAGGAUGGUAGCACUGUACGAUUAUGACCCAAGAGAAAGUUCUCCUAACGUUGACGUUGAGGCUGAACUUACAUUCUGCACAGGGGACAUUAUUACUGUCUUCGGUGAAAUUGAUGAAGAUGGAUUUUAUUAUGGUGAGCUGAACGGACAGAAGGGGCUGGUUCCUUCCAACUUUCUUGAAGAAGUGCCUGAUGAUGUUGAAGUCUUUCUAUCUGAUGCACCCUCCCGAUACCUUCACGAUGCACCGAUGCGUACAAAAGCAAAAAGGGUUCCUCCUGAGAAUACAGGUACACCAAGGAGAGCACCAUCCCCCACAGUUCAUCUCCAUUCUGGGUCACCUACGUCACCUAUGGGUUCUGGUAGUCCCGGGAGAGGCAGGGAUAUGUCCUCGAAAAAGAAAAAGGGGCUGCUUUCCAAAGGCAAGAAACUGCUGAAAAAGCUUGGUGCAGUGAAAUGAUUCAUGUGCUCCUGGACAACUUGUAAAGCUUCCAGUCUGUGUAUUUCUUUUUAAAUAUCAAAACUAGGGCUUUCAUGACUAUGCAGUGCAACUUUACCAAACCUUUGCAUUUUUAACUCUGACAUCAAUAGAAUCAUCUGGAUUGCUUAAAACAGCAAGAAUAAAAAAGGUUUUUCUUUAAAUUAAUAAAAAACAACACCACCAACACCCCCUAAACAACAGCUUUGUGGAAUUAAGACCAGAAGAACAUGGCUUUGUUUGAAGUCUAUUCAGCACCUGCAAGUAUUGGAUAAAUCUCAGCCUUUAGUCUCCUUUAACCAUAUAUCAGGGGAAAAAAAAAUCCCAACCAUUAUUCACUGAUCCCAGUUCAGAGAUCAUCCCCACUGUGUCUAAUCUAACUCAUUAAAAAAAUGGUCUUGAAACUCCUAGUUUAAUCAGCCUUGAUGUUUUGCCUUAUUAAUGCACAAUGAUUUGUACUGUCUAAUAAAUAUACAACAUAUACUUUGUACGUACUGUGUAUUCAACUGUCUUCAUCCUCCCUAAAUCAUGGUAAUUUAAGAUCAAAUAUGAUGUUGCUGACUCCAUUCAGUGUCUGAUGUAACUCCUGGGAGUUUGAAAGUGUUGCGCAAAAUGCUUUUAUUUUUUCCUUAUUUUUUGUUUUCCUUCUUCCAAACCAAAACUCUUCUAUGGAUUAAUUUUGUCAGGACAGUCACUAAACUGAAAUCUGACUCAUUCUAAGUUAUUCAGAGCCUCACCCUCAGUUCCGAGUGUACAAAUUCUACCCACUCCAGUUCAGGAGAUCCUGGUUCACCAUUCUAAAUUACCACCAAAAAUAAGAACCAUGACACUACCUUUGCUCCCCAGCUUUGCUGGUGGAGGUACAGCCCUCAAUCAAAAGGCAUUUUUCAUGUUGCUGAUGUCAGACUCACGUCAAAGACGUGCUACAUACACAAGCCGUAGCCAGUAAAAAGGCUGCAACAGGUGAUAAAAUAAUAACUGCAAUAUUGGCAUCUCAAUAAAAAGAAUCUUACACUGAUGGCAGUCAUUGGCUGUUACUAUUUUGUAAUUCUUGUCCAUUUGUAAAUUGUUUUUACUGUUUAUACAUACUUUUCAGACUGCCUUUCUUUUUGUAAUUUAUGGAAGGUUUGUAAAUGAAUGAUCAAAGCUUCCCCAUUGUGUCUUCAGAUAAUAUUGUAAAUUACUGUAAGAUACCGUGUGCUAGAUUGUAACAAUUAAAGAAAAUAAAUUGCCUAAAUUUGUGGUAAA